AUGCCGCCCGCCAAGCCCAAAGGAGAUAAAAAACUCGAGCCAAAGGCUCAGAAGACUCCGGUCAACCAUCGUCGUACUAGUCUUCCAACUCGGGAGGACAGUGUCGGCGAGGAGAGUUUUGAUGAGAGCAAUCAUUCUGGCGAUGAUGAUGAUGACGGAGAAAGCUUCUCAGGCUCCUCUUCUUCGUCGGAAGUGCACUCCAAAUCAGAUACCACCGCCACUACCAAGUUCAAACGCUCCAUUGUAUCACAACGUCGAUAUAUCCCUGACUUUGACAGUCUCCCAAACACCGGCGUUUGGAUCUCUCCUGCUCCUAGCAGCCAUACUGAAUUUAAACAGGUCGUUGUUCGCACCACAAAGUGCGAUAUCUGCAAUCAAAAGGUAGAAGCACAUGACAAAGAAGGAGACGGUAAAGUUAUGCAACGAUGCCGUUGUUGCAACAUUCAAUUUUGCCAGGAUUGUGUGCUUAGGGUGUCCGACGAUAAGAUACACUUUCCUGUCCUUGCAGAGUUGGAAUGGGAGGCAAAGACAAAGGUUAAUGCCACAACUCGGGGCGCAAAUGGUUUCCGUGAUCACAUGUUUCACAAGCCACGAUCUGAGCCAAAGCCAGUCAGACCCAUGACAGCCUCAGAGAGACUGGCUAUCUCGAGGGCUAUCGCUUCAGGCAAAUUCAGCAACAUGGUUGUUAACACCCCGACCCCCUUACGUCCAUCGCGAGCCAAGACAACCAAGGCUGCUGGAAAGAAGACCAAGAAGCGUCAACUUCCUCCCGGUUACGCUGAAGAGGAAGGUGAUACUCACUAUGAGUUGGACUGGGAUUGGAUCCAGAAGCUUCCCAUUGAGGAACAGCGUAAGGAGAGAAAGGAAGCCGCUCAGCGCAAUCUUUUGAGGAAACCAACUCUCGAGACAAUGGAGGAUCCUGGCACUGACGAAGCUGAGAUUGAUCCACCUCAAAAAACCCGAACUCCACUCCCGAAUGUACCAAAGCGUCGUAAGGUUGCAACUCGCCGUCGCAACGGCAAAUCCACCACCACAGCCGCCCCCACUAGUGAUGUCGAAACUCCCCGCACCCAACCACCACGCAACAAUCUUGAUAGCCUAUCUCAGGCCGUUCCAGUUACCAGAGAGAACCGUCAGGAUAUAAGCGAGCGAUCUGAUGAAGAUGAGCGUGGCGUAACACCCAGUCAUGAUGACUUCGACAACGAAGAUUGUAUCCGAGUUGAAGCUAAUGAUGCCGAGGAGGACGACUAUGAGCCUGACGACAACUGA